AUGACAACGUUGCCCGGGUUGGACAAGAAGCCGUCCAUUUACGAUGUGUACAAAACCACGUUGGGACCGAAAGAUUUGCAGAAGGCAAAGGAACAGCUGCACGAAGAUGAAAACACCCGGGAACCGGCGUUGGCUCAGAUGCGAGAGUACAUUGCGAAACACCCGCAGAUCAUCCGGUGUCGAACGGAUUGCUUGUUUCUGCUGAGGUUUCUUCGAGCUCGCAAAUUCAACAUACAGGCCACGUAUGAGAUGUUUGAUAACUGGCUCGUGGUGUGCAAUAAAGCGAGAGAAUUCUUUCGAUUGGAACCAGACAUAAUGAGUCCCCUCGUAGAACAGGCCAUCGUUGUUCCGGUGGGUGCAGAUCCACACGGCCGCUUGGUAGUCAUCAUCCGAUUUGGCCUAUUCGAUACUCAAACCAUUACUCCGGAAGGACAGAUUCGCCUGACUACGCUGGCAUUGGAGAUGUUCCUCGAAACGGAACUGUAUCAGGUCAAUGGGUUGGUGUUGGUGCUUGACCUUCAAGGGACCACCAUGGCUCAUUUUGGUGUGUGGACAUUUCCCAAGCUGAAAACGGUUAUGUCUGCUACGAACGAUAUCCUUCCGAUCCGGCUGAAAGAAGUUCACGUCGUCCAGCUGCCCAAGUAUGCCACAAUACUGAUGGAGUUUUGCGUUUCCGCCUUGAAACCAAAGCUGCAGAAACGGCUAAAGUUCCACAAAUCCCUGGACGAUCUGAAAGCAGCCAUCGACAACUCCGUCCUGCCGAGCAUCUACGGGGGCUCCCUGUCGCUGGAGGAAGCCAAUGACCGAUUCCGCAAGCGCAUCGCCCUGGAACGGGAUCGUCUGCUGCUGAUGAACGAAAUUCAAAUUGAUCGCACCAUUCCAAAUCCCAAUGCCAAAAGCUCUAACAACAACAACAACGCCGGGCUACAGAGUGACAUCGCAGAUGAGGCUGUUAUCGGGAGCUUCCGGAAGUUGAACGUGGACUAAACAGAUGUUUGAUAUA